AUGUUGAUUUUGUGGUCAAGUUUAUGUGCCACAGCAUUUGCGGGAACAGCUGAGGAAGUCGCAAAACAUCUGGAGUUGGGAAGUCAGUUUUUGGCCAGAGCGCAAUUUGCCGAUGCACUGACACAGUACCACGCUGCUAUCGAACUUGACCCGAAGAGUUAUCAAGCAGUAUACCGACGAGCUACGACCUACUUAGCAAUGGGACGUGGAAAAGCAGCAAUUGUUGAUUUGGAACGAGUAUUGGAGUUGAAACCUGACUUUUAUGGAGCUCGUCUUCAAAGAGCCAACAUUCUUCUAAAGCAAGGAGAGUUAGAAGCUGCUGAGAAUGAUUACAACAUUGUGCUAAACCACGACAACUCCAACACUGAAGUUCAGGAGAAAACUGCACUCAUUGAACAACAUCGACAACUCCGUCAUCAAAUUAAGUCAGCAUUUGCUGGUGGAGAUUGCUCGACUGUGGAAGAAUACAUCAAUCACAUUAUUGAAGUCCAAGUAUGGGAUGCGUCGUUGUACAGAAUGCGUGCAAAGUGCUUGGAGGAACGAGGAGAGCUCAAGAAGGCCAUUCAUGAUAUGAGAAUCGUGUCAAAGCUCAGUACUGAUAGCACGGAUACUAUGUUUGAUACGUCGAAGUUGCUGUACACUGUUGGAGAAUUGGAAGAAUCAUUGAAUGUCAUUCGAGAGUGUCUGAAACUCAAUCCAGACCACAAAAGCUGCUACCCAUUCUACAAGAAGCUCCGGAAAGUAGUCAAAUCCCUUGAAACAAUGAAGAAGAAGGUGGCCGACAGCGACUGGAUGGCUUGUCUCGAGGAAGGACAAAAGACGAUGAAAUUCGACCCAACUCCUUCCGUGCAACUCAACGUCUUCAGAAUCACAAAUAGAUGUCAGAGAGAAGCUGGACACAUCAGUGAAGCCAUUUCUGAGUGCAAUCAAAUUUUGGAAGAGGAUCCAUCAGAUGCCGACAUUCUUUGUGAGAGAGCUGAAGCUCACAUUCUUGAUGAGGAUUAUGAUGCUGCCAUCGCAGAUUACCAGAAAGCAACCGAAGUGAAUCCAGAGCACCAAGAUGCGAAACAAGGACUCGAACAUGCGAAACGAAAGAAGACACAAGCUGGAAAACGUGACUACUACAAGAUUCUUGGAGUGGGGCGAAAAGCCAGCAAGAGAGAAAUCACAAAAGCCUACCGUAAGCUUGCACAGAAAUGGCAUCCUGACAACUAUUCUGAUGAGGAGGAGAAGAAGAAGGCCGAGAAGAAAUUCAUCGACAUCGCCGCUGCCAAAGAAGUUCUCCAAGACGAGGAAAAGCGUGCCCAAUUUGACCAAGGAAUUGACCCACUGGACCCUGAGGCUCAGAGACAAGGUGGACAUCAUGGAGGAUUUGGUGGCGGAUUUCCACACGGAUUCCAUCACUUCGGUGGUGGUCAUGGCGGCGGUGGUGGUGACUAUUCCUUCAAAUUCAACUGGGGAUAA